AUGAUCCGCCUUGUUUCUUCACAAGCAUUUGGUAGUUUUCAUGGAUAUAAACAGGAUUUUUUAAAUGCUGUGGACACGUUUGAAAAAAAACCUGUUUGAAUGAGACGUGACUGUUGUGUCCAGGCAGUAGAAGAGACAGGCACCUGUCGUCAUCAGGAGGCGUCAGAAAGAGGGGGCAGUUGCUGGGGCUGAAUGUUCAGGCGUUUGAGUCGCUGGUGGUCACAGAAGGGAUGCCCAAGAAGUUCCAGGGAGAAAACAGCAAGUCAGCAGCUGCCAGGGCACGGAAAGCGGAGCUGAAGGCAGCAGCAGAUGCAAAACUGCAGCGGGAGCUCGAAGACGCCUACUGGAAAGAUGAUGACAAGCAUGUCGUGAGGAAGGAGCAGCGAAAGGUUGAGAAAGAGAGGAAACGUGUGGAACUUCUGGAGCGGAAGAAAGAAAUCCAGCGGCUCCUGGACGAGGAGGGGAACAGUAUGAAACCGAAAGCCAGCAAGUCAGCAACACCAGCCAAGAUAACUCGAGCUCAGAUUGAGGCGACAGUUAAAAAGGAGAAUGUUGGGCAAGCUGCAGAGGAAGGCAAAGAGAAGCAGAUGAGCCACCUGGAGGUACCAUUAGAGGAAAACGUUAACCGCAUUAUGCCCAAUGAGGGUGAUGUUGAUGCCAGGACCAUUGAGGAUGCCAUUGCUGCCCUGAGCACUAACGAGAGUGUGGACCAUCACCCUGAGCGACGUUUGCGAGCUGCCUACGCUGCCUUUGAGGACGCCAAUAUGCCACGGUUGAAGAAGGAGAAUCCCAACAUGCGCUUGUCUCAGCUCAAGCAGAUGCUGAAGAAAGAGUGGAUGAAAUCGCCUGACAAUCCCCUGAACCAGCUCCACGGGGCCUACAACACCAAGAGCGAGCGAGCAGCUCCAAGAGGAAACCGCCUUGCCUGAACUUCAAAUUCAGUGUGAACUUUGACCCAGUAGUGUGAAUGUGAUAUCAAUUUGGCAUUCUCAUUUAAUAACACAAGCAGCAUAAAAUAAAGCUUAUCCCGCCCCAGGAAAUGUGGAGUGUUGCACAGUGGACAACUUAUCCCUUGUCCAUCAAUUUGCAGCCCAGGCAUCCACUGCUGUGCAGUGUUGAACAGUGUUUGCAGCAGCUGUACCUCUCAACCCUCCUGUAAAACCCCCAUCCCACUCCCAUCAUUGUCAGCCCCUGCACUGCAAGCAGUGACUACGGCAGGACUUUCCUUGGCAAAGUGUGUGUUAAAUUACCGAACCCAUCAUUGAAGCCCUGAGAGUUUGGAUGAGGGGGUAAGGGAGGGUGAUUUUGACCCUGCAUUAUGACUGAUAUGUAAGUAAGAAGGUUAAGGGAUCUAAUCUGUGUCAGGGUUUCCAUGAUCAGGAAUGUUUCUCUGUUUAUUUCCCUGUUUAAAGAUAAACUGGGGAAAAUUCUGAAGAGGGGCAUGGAAUGUUGGGGUGUAGGAGGAGGGGAAAUCUUGGUCACUGAAUGGGGAGGGUUAUUCUGGCAUCAGCAGCUCGUUGGGUUGGGACUUGCAGGAAUCAGUGCAGUCUGGAGCUGUUGGGGUUGCUUUGUGUGAGAAGUUUAUGGAACCGAGUUUUGGCUUGCAACAGUAUAUUGAUGAAGGUUCAGGUGUCAGCGGUAUGAUAGGGAGAGAUCAGGGAUGAGAAGGGAAGGAAGUGAUUACUGAUGGCAGGCCUAAACUCUUUGAUUUCUGAUAUUUGGUUUUAUUUGAAGUGUUUGGUCAAGUCUGCCAUCAUUUUCUGAGCUUUGGAUGAGAAAGAAACAAUGAAAUCUCCUGCUGAAGCUUGUAUGAGCUCUUUGAAUGAAGCUUCAGCAACUCUUUCAUAGGUAUUGAGGCUCUAAUCACUUUCUUGCUCAGUAGGAGAAGGGAAGGCAAUGGGUGUGUUCAGUGGGAUUUGAAGUCUUCCAUUGUAGGUUGUGUUUGAAGUAAUAGUUAAUAAUGUGAGUGAGCAUUUUGACAUCUGAUUGAUAUUUUCCUGUUGCUAAGAACAGUAGCAACCCACAACACUCUGUCAUCAAGAGGGAGGCAGUGAAUGGCCUCUUACUGUUCACCUUGAUUCCACACUAUCCCAAUCCAACCUAUGUCUGACAGUGCAAAUGGCCAAACCCCUUCAGGCUGUUGUCCAUUGUUCCUCAUUUCACUGCUGCUUGUGGACCAUUCCUGCCACUCUGAUUUCCAAAACUACACAGUAAAACAGAGAUUUUACUCAGCAACCAUGCACCGACCAGUUGAAUCUUCCCUAUUUUAGUCCCCAAAGAUGCCAGAACUUGUGAUGCUGAAUUUAAACUUUCGUUUCUAAAAAAAAGGUGAUUGAGUAGUAGGCAUCAUGAAACCAUGCUACGUCCUGCAGCUGUUGGUGAGUGACCAGCUCACAACUUCAUCGAUUUGCCAAAAUCUGAAAUGGAGCCUGUAUGGCAAGAAUGUGGUAAAUAAAUCUUCCCAAAGCAUGAAGCAUCUCUGAACCUUGCAGGAGGAGUGAUGUUACAGAGCUUGGAGAUAGUUUAAUAUGAAUGGGUUCCUCUGUUAGAUUAAAUACUAAAUUGAACCAUUUGACCUUUGUGUGUGAUUGGGCUAUGUUGCAAGAUCUCAAAUAAAGAAGCACUUAAAAUCAAACCCAAACAAAA